GACUCUUCCGGUUUAACGCAGUUUCCGGUCUUUCCGCGGGCAUUCGCUUCCAAUGUUCGCUUCAGUGAUUGCGGUGCCACGGAAGUAAAUAUGACAUUGACAAGAACAUUACUUCAGAGGACAGCACAAGGGGGUAAACAUUUAAUAGAAUGGCUCCAGAGGGAGAGGCUGUUAUCAAGAAAAAAACGCUGCCCUGUGUGCAACAACAGAAUGAAAUUCAAAAGAACCAGCACGACCAAGGAUGGAUAUAGGUGGAGCUGUAGAAAGGCAAUCCACAGGGGUAGUGGCAUCACAAGGUCCAUCAGAGAGGGCUCAAUAUUCUCCAGGUCACACAUUACAUUAGCAUCAUGGAUGAAGAUUAUGCACAGUUUGUCGCAGGGUUUGAGGAAGAGACAAGUGGACAUGAUCGAGGAUGGAGUAUGUGGGAGCAGCCAAUCAUUGACCAGGGUGACUACACUGUUAAGAGAGAUCUGUGGUAAAGCAGUCAGGCGACUGGAGAUUAGACGGAAAAUGCGUAUAGGAGGGAGGAGAGCUUUUGUUGCCAUAGAUGAGAGCAAAUUCAGACACAAAAGAAAGUAUGGACGUGGACGACGUGGACACACCUGGAGAAGACGCUCGUGGGUCUUUGGAAUGGUGGAAGUCAAGGGAUGUCAUAGACGUCCCAUCUUAAAGCUUGUAAAAAAUCGUUCCAGGAAGCGACUGCUCCCGAUUAUCCAGAAGUACAUUAGACCUGGUAGUAAAGUGAUAAGUGAUAGCUGGAGUGCCUACAACAGGUUAUCACGUCAUGGUUACAUUCACUAUCAGGUGAAUCACAGGAGACAUUUUGUCCACCCUGGGAGUGGUGCUCACACGCAGCAUAUAGAACGGGCGUGGCGAAAUUAUAAAGAGGACAUUUACAGAUACAGAGGAAACCUGACAGAAAAGGCAUUAAAGAUGAACUUGAGGUUUCCUUGGACGCCUUUGCAAAGACAUCAGAGCGUGUUACCAUGUUUAAGUGAUAGUGAUGGGGUAAAUACUGCAGAUUUCCUAUCGUGUGAUCAAUAGUUUCAGUCUAUUUAAAAAAGAAAUAAAAUGAAAAAUAGACUCAGAGCUCCUCAGAGGCCACAUUACAAUUAAUUAAAUAAAUUAUAAGCGUCUGAUCUUACAAUGUGACCCCCCCAAAAAUCAAGGCUUCCUUUUACAGUAUAUAUUCAGCUUGCUUACUGAGUAAAUACUGUUGAUUUACAUAGUAACUGUAGCUAUUACAGAUUAUAGGGUAAGAUCCCAGUAAUUCCAUGGGAAUAAAAAGGCUUCCUUUUACAGUACAGUUUCACUUUACUUACUGAGAAUGUUUUAGUUAAGUUGCAGAACACACAUGGUAAAAGUUUGUGAUUUCAAAAAUGUUUAAGCAGUAGCAAAGGAUGUGGUAAGAGUCUGGUAAUACAAUGCAAAUAAACAAGGCUUCCUUCCACA